AUGCCGCGACGUGACGAUGGAAUAGUGAUAUCCUCCGUCAUCACUCCCCUCCAUCGCCCACGCUUACUCCCUCCUGUCGCCUUCGCGCACUCCCCUCCCGUCGCCUUCGCGCACUCCCCUCCCGUCGCCUUCGCGCACUCCCCUCCCGUCGCCUUCGCGCACUCCCCUCCCGUCACCUUCGCGCACUCCCCUCCCGUCGCCUUCGCGCACUCCCCUCCAUCGCGGGCGCUCACUCCCCUCUGUCGCCCGCGCUCACACACACCCGUCGCCCACGAUCACUCCCCUCUCGUCUCCUUCUUGCACUGCCCUCCAUCUCACACGUUCACCACCCUCCGUCGCCCACGCUCACUUCCUCCCGUCGCCCAUGCGCCCUCCCCUCCUUCUCCUCCCUGCCUCCCCUCCUUCUCCUCCCUGCUUCCCCUCCUUCUCCUCCCUGCUUCCCCUCCUUCUCCUCCCUGCUUCCCCUCCUUCUCCUCCCUGCUUCCCCUCCUUCUCCUCCCUGCUUCCCCUCCUUCUCCUCCCUGCUUCCCCUCCUUCUCCUCCCUGCUUCCCCUCCUUCUCCUCCCUUCUUCCCCUCCUUCUCCUCCCUGCUUCCCCUCCUUCUCCUCCCUGCCUCCCCUCCUUCUCAUCCUCUCUGCCCCAUUCCCCACUCUUCCUUUCCCCCUGCUUCCCACAUCAUGCCUCCACAGCCUUACGCCCUGCUUUCCCCUUUCCCCUCUCCUCCCUAUACCCUCUUCCUUACUCCCUUCUACCCACUGUCCCGUCUCUGCCUCACACGUUCUUUUAGCCCUUACGCCACUGUGCCUCACUCCUGCUCAUUCCCCCUUCCCCCAUCUCCCUAUCCUCCUUCUUCUCCCUUUCGUUCUCUGCCAUUCACCCUGCUUCCCCCACUACCCUCACUUCCCUACCCCCUUUUUCCCCCUCUCCCCCUGUCGCAACUACCUCCAUGCUCUCUUACGCUACCCGCACUCCCCCACUCCCUUCUUCUCCCUUUUCCCUCGCUGCCCACCCUUAUCUUCCCGGUGUCCCCUCUCUGUACUACACAUUCCUCUUACCCCUAUCCUCUCUCUGCCAUCCACACUUAUUCCCCCUAUCCCCUCUCGGCCUUACCCCCGAUCUUCCCCUCUCCCCCCUUUUCCUCCCUUUCUACACCUUAACUACCCCCUUUCCCUUUUCUGCCUUUCCCCCUUCUUCCCCCGGUUCUCUCGCUUCCUUACACCCGGUUUUCCCCCCCGUAACUUCACUCCCUGCCAUACUCCCUGCUUUCUCACUUCCCUCACUUGUCUACACCCUUCUUCCCCCUCUCGCUCCCUGUGCCCUCUCACGCAGCUACCUCCACGCUCCCCCCCUUGCCCUCUCGCGCUACGCUGUCGACUGUCCCCUCGCGCCUAA